GUGACGUGCAGCCGCCUAACUUGUGGAGACGCGCGUCGCGUUCGUAAACAGAUCAAACUUCGUGUUUAUUAUUAUAUAUAUAUUAUUAUAUUAUUAUUAUUAAACGGAACAUGGCGGCGAAACGUAAAUGUGACGUCACGGUCCCCGCGGAGGAGAGCGACCAGCUGCUGAUCCGCCCGCUAGGAGCAGGACAGGAAGUGGGACGAUCCUGCAUCAUCCUGGAGUUCAAGGGACGAAAGAUUAUGCUGGACUGUGGGAUCCAUCCCGGUCUGGAGGGGAUGGACGCUCUGCCGUACAUCGACCUGAUCGACCCGGCUGAGAUCGACCUGCUGCUCAUCAGCCACUUCCACCUGGACCACUGUGGAGCUCUGCCCUGGUUCCUGCAGAAGACCAGCUUCAAAGGACGCACCUUCAUGACGCACGCCACCAAGGCCAUCUACCGCUGGCUGCUGUCGGACUACGUCAAAGUCAGUAAUAUCUCAGCAGACGACAUGCUGUACACGGAGACGGACCUGGAGGAGAGCAUGGAGAAGAUUGAGACCAUCAACUUCCACGAGGUCAAGGAGGUCGCCGGCAUCAAGUUCUGGUGUUACCACGCCGGCCACGUCCUCGGGGCCGCCAUGUUCAUGAUCGAGAUCGCCGGCGUCAAGUUGUUGUACACAGGAGACUUCUCCCGUCAGGAGGACCGACAUCUGAUGGCAGCAGAGAUCCCGAGCGUCAAACCCGACAUCCUCAUCACGGAGUCGACUUACGGGACGCACAUCCACGAGAAGCGCGAGGAGCGCGAGGCCCGCUUCUGUAACACGGUCCACGACAUCGUGAACCGGGAGGGCCGCUGUCUGAUCCCCGUCUUCGCUCUGGGCCGAGCCCAAGAGCUGCUGCUCAUCCUGGACGAGUACUGGCAGAACCACCCUGAGCUCCAUGACAUCCCGAUCUACUACGCCUCGUCUCUGGCCAGGAAGUGCAUGGCCGUGUACCAGACGUACAUCAACGCCAUGAACGACAAGAUCCGCAAGGCCAUCAACGUCAACAACCCCUUCGUGUUCAAGCACAUCAGCAACCUGAAGAGCAUGGACCACUUCGAUGACAUCGGCCCCAGCGUGGUGAUGGCGUCCCCCGGCAUGAUGCAGAGCGGCCUGUCGAGAGAGCUGUUUGAGUCCUGGUGCACCGACAAGAGGAACGGGGUCAUCAUCGCCGGAUACUGUGUGGAGGGCACGCUGGCCAAGCACAUCAUGACGGAGCCCGAUGAGAUCGCCACCAUGUCGGGGCAGAAGCUUCCUCUGAAGAUGUCCGUGGACUACAUCUCCUUCUCCGCUCACACCGACUACCAGCAGACCAGCGAGUUCAUCCGGGCCCUCAAACCGCCCCACGUGAUCCUGGUCCACGGCGAGCAGAACGAGAUGGCCCGACUGAAGGCGGCUCUGAUCCGCGAGUACGAAGACAACGACGAGGUCGACAUCGAGGUCCACAACCCGCGCAACACCGAAGCCGUCACACUGAACUUCAGGGGAGAGAAGCUGGCCAAGGUGAUGGGCUCUCUGACCGACAGGAAGUGCGUUCAGGGUCAGAGGGUCUCCGGGAUCCUCGUCAAAAGGAACUUCAACUAUCACAUCGUGACGCCCUCCGACCUCUCCAACUACACAGAUCUGUGUAUGAGCACAGUGACCCAGACUCAGGCCAUCCCAUACACCGGCCCCAUCUCGCUGCUGGUCAGCCAGCUACGCAGCCUCGCAGUACACAUUUUAAUUUGGAGGUACUUUUCCUGA